GGCAGCACCGCAAAAGUGAGUAAUUUUCAGAUGGAGAAAAUCGGACAAAUAUUUUAGUGGAAAAUGUUAAUUUAAGUACACAAAUUACUAAAAUAUUUAUUAAAACCCAUAACAAGUGUUGAAAAAAGUUUAAACCGAAAAAACAUACACAACAUUGGAGUUAAACUCAAACAAUAAAAGCAACCACUGGCAGCAUGGAUCGCAAAGCUGAGCUGGAACGUAAAAAGGCCAAAUUGGCCGCCCUACGCGAGGAGAAGGAUCGUCGUAGGCGUGAAAAAGAGAUGAAGGAUAUGGAAGAAGCGGCUGGCCGCAUAGGUGGUGGUGUCGGCAUUGACAAGGAUCAGCGAAAAGAUUUGGAUGAAAUGCUGUCCUCACUGGGAGUAGCGCCCGUAUCAGAAGUCUUGUCCUCUUUGUCAUCCGUGAACUCUCUCACAUCGGACAACUCCAACACUCAAACGCCGGACGCAAGUCUACAAGCAAAUAUGAAUGGUGUUGGCGGUGGCAAAAAGCAGCCUUUGAAUUUGAGUGUUUACAACGUGCAGGCCACCAACAUUCCACCUAAAGAAACACUGGUCUACUCAAAGCAAACCCAAACCACUAGCACCGGUGGACACGAACGUGAUGGAUACAUGGAGGAUUGGUGGAGACCACGCAAAGCUCAUGCUACGGAUUAUUACGACGAAUACAAUCUAAAUCCGGGUUUAGAGUGGGAGGAUGAAUUCACAGGAGAUGACGAAGAGAGUUCUCUGCCACAUCUGGAGCAUGGUUUCACUUCGAAGUUGCCACCCGGCUACUUGACACACGGUCUGCCAACGGUGAAGGAUGUAGCACCAGCCAUAACACCGCUGGAGCAGAAGAAGGAGCAGGAGGAGAAAAAGGAGAUUAAGGAACUUUCGGAGGAGCAGAAGCAGAUGAUCAUACUUACUGAUGAAUUUCAACAUUUCAUGCUACGCGCCGGACGCAUCGUUGAGCGCGCACUCUCCGAGAGUGUGGACAUUUACACGGAUUACAUUGGCGCCGGCGACAAUGAAGAUACGAACGAUGAAAAAACACACGCACGUUUGUCGCUGAAUCGGGUUUUCUAUGAUGAACGUUGGUCGAAGAAUCGUUGCAUCACCUGCAUGGAUUGGUCGACACAUUUCCCUGAAUUGGUAGCCGCCUCGUAUCACAAUAACGAGGAGAGCCCCAACGAACCGGACGGUGUUGUUAUGGUUUGGAAUACGAAAUACAAGAAGCAUACACCGGAAGAUAUUUUCCACUGUCAAAGCGCUGUGAUGUCAACAUGUUUUGCUAAAUUUAAUCCUAAUUUAAUAUUGGGCGGCACUUACUCGGGUCAGAUUGUACUAUGGGAUAAUCGUGUGCAAAAACGCACACCAAUGCAACGAACGCCCCUAAGCGCCGCCGCACAUACACAUCCAGUCUAUUGUCUACAAGUUGUUGGCACACAAAAUGCUCACAAUAUCAUCUCCAUCUCUUCGGAUGGCAAGCUAUGCUCUUGGAGUUUGGAUAUGUUAUCGCAUCCACAGGACACUUUGGAGUUGCAACAGCAACGUCCGUCGAAAUCGAUUGCAGUCACAUGUAUGGCAUUCCCGGCGAAUGAGAUUAACAAUUUGGUGAUGGGCAGUGAGGAUGGUUAUGUGUACUCAGCUUGUCGCCAUGGUUCGCGCACUGGUGUAAAUGAAGUCUUCGAAAAACACUUGGGACCGGUAACAGGAAUCUCCACGCACUACAACCAAUCGUCGCCUGACUUUGGACAUCUCUUCCUAACUUCCUCGAUCGAUUGGACUAUUAAACUCUGGUCUAUGAAGGACACUAAACCCUUAUACUCAUUUGAGGAUAAUUCAGACUAUGUCAUGGAUGUCGCAUGGUCGCCCAUUCAUCCGGCACUGUUUGCUGCUGUCGAUGGUAGCGGUCGUCUUGAUUUAUGGAAUCUAAAUCAAGAUACCGAAGUACCCACAGCAUCUGUUAUGGUUGCUGGUGCGCCAGCGCUUAAUCGCGUUUCGUGGACACCGUCUGGGCUGCAUGUGACCAUCGGCGAUGAUACAGGCAAACUGUACGUUUACGAUGUCACUGAUCACUUGGCGCAGCCGUCACGUGAUGAAUGGUCGCGCUUCAAUGCGACACUCAAUGAGCUCAAAAUGAAUCAAAGCGAUGAUGUUUAAAUCAAAACAAAGCAAAACAAAACAAAAAAUGCAUUCACAAUUGCGUGGAAUUAUGCUAAAUAUAUUGAUUAAAAAAGACUUAAUUGAUACCCUACUACUAUGGCGACUUAAUAUGUAUGUGAAGCAACAGAAAUAUUAGCUGUGUUGUCAAAGGAAAGGUCUUGAAAAAUUCAUUUAAUGAAUUAUGCACAUAUAAUUUGUAUCUAUUCCUCUGUAUCUAUAUACAACACUAAGUUAAAAGAUUUUUACAACAAAAAAAUAAUUAAAAUCAUUUAAUGCUUUUUUUUUAAUUGUAAAAUGCUCGCGCUUGUUUUUAAGUAAUAAGUGCUUGAGUACUAAGUAUUAAUUAAUUUAAAUUUUCUUAUUUUUUCAAUAAAAUUGUGCUUUAGUAGUAUUAUCCACUUUUAAAUGUUUACUAAAUUUUAUUCAGCGUUUUAUAUGUAUUUAUUUAUUUGAAAUUUCUUCGUUUUCAAAACAAUACUGAUACUAAAGCAGGAAAGAGAGAACGUUUUAUAGGCAGCUUAAAGAAGUGAGCGCAAAUAAAUACUAAAGUAAAACUAAUAUGAAUAUUUACGUAUAUUUAAAGUAUAAAGAUUUAUUGAGAAACGAUACAUAUAAAUAUAAAUCAACAAAAUUUAUGCCGAAAAUGAA